AUGGCUCAAAUCUCCAUGAGCAGGCUCUUCCGCCAGAGCACCACCAGCUCGGUGCGCCAGUCCAUUCUGAGACCUAUGCAAGCCCGUAGCUAUGGUUCGAACUCAGUAAUCCCAACCUUCACCCAAACAUCCUCCCCUGAGUUAAACGAGUCUUUAGAGCGGUUCCGCAAUGAGGUGUUCAUUCCCCUUGGUCUCCCUAAACGACAACAGAAGAGCGUGUUCAGACAGAAAUACGCGAAGCAAUUGGAAAACGAGCCGAUCGUCGUGAAGAUCAGCGAGACCGAAGAGUUCACCCUAACGCCCAAGAAGCACCACGAGCUGCCAUCGAAGAAAGAGGCUUUCCAGGUUUUCAAGAUAAUGUUCGAAACGAAAAACUUCAGCAACCUUUUCCCGUACGUCAGUGGGCUCCACAUGUCAAACUAUAGAAUGAACAGCAAUCGAUGGGAGCUCCUCAUUCGCAAAACCAGCGAGGCUGGCAAGCUUUCAACCAUUAUCGAGUGCGCCAAACAGUCCUCGCGCACUGGCUUGAGUCUCGGCAAUAGGAACAUCGCUCGCCGUCUGUUCUUCGAGCUUCACCGGACAGCCAUGAAGGCGGAUUUCAAGGGUCCCGCAACCGUCAAAGCUCUGAAAUUGGCGAGAGAGGCAGCCAGCCUGAUGGAUUCUCACCAACAUUCCAUUCGGGAUAUCGCGAACGACCCGAAAUACCAGCCUUUCGUUAUCGGCACACUGUUGGAACUUAGUGCCGCCUGUGCGGAAUUCAAGGAGGCCGAGUGGUCCCUGGUCCGUGGCUACGCUCAGAAGCUUGAUGCAGCCUGGUCCCGAGGAAAUUUCAAGGACGAUGCGCCUACCAGUCGCUUCGGGAACAUUGAGAGAGUUGAGGAGAACCUUGCCCUUUACAACGGCAUGCUUAAGGCCCUUCAGUUGCCCAGAGUAUCAGAAGAGACUGGGACUUUCAAGGCUCGCUGUGAUGAGCUUAAGCCUGUCCUGAUUUCGCAGUUGAAGCGAUUCGACAACGCUGAUGUGCUUAAUGACAGUGUGGUUAAGCAAUUGCUCUCGGAAAACGCCAAAUAA